UUUGUCCUGGGGAUAAUAAUGACAUGCUUUGUAAACCGCUCUGAGUGGGUGUUAAGUUGUCCUGAAGGACGGUAUAUAAAUUGAAUGUUGUCGUUAUUAUUAUAUUAGUAUUAUGAGUCCCCUCCCCAAACUCUGCUCCCCCCAUGCUGCACCUCAAAUGUCCAGGAAUUUCCCAACCUAGAGCUGUCAGGGGGGGAUUUGGGGAGGGGUUAGGGUGGGCGUUGGAGGUGGGUGACCUUCCCGCAGUCCUCUGCGCAAGAGAUGACCGGCAUGGGUUGAUAGUUAGAAAUCCCACGAAGGCCACCCUUUGUACAACUUACUGGGGGAACGUUGAGCAUUGUGCACUCCAAAGGAAGGGCCCAUUGGUGGGUCGUCAUUGGGAGACCAGGGUUCAGUUCCCAACCUUCCACAAAGCUCAGCGGGUGACCCUGGGCCACUUGGACGCUCUUACCCUAGCCUGUCUCAUAGACUGGUUGUGUGAAUACAGUGGAAGAGAAGAGGGGCCAUGUUUGCCCCUGGAGCACCCCAGAGGAAGGCUGAGUGGGGUGGGGGGGAUGCCAGAGAUUAAUACUCUAUUGCACAACUUAUGGUGUUGUUUGUGCUUUUGCAGAAAUGUGCUUGGACUGCAGCCUUGAGGCAAACAACAUGGAGUGGCAAUGUUGAAACAGGUUUCCUUUGCACAACCCUGAGCGCCUCAAGCAAUGGCUGUCGCAGAUGAAUCAGGAAAAGUGGGUCCCAACGAAACACCAACACUUGUGCAGCGAGCACUUUGCAGCAUCCUGUUUUGAGUACCGGUGGGGGGUGCGUUACUUGAAGCCGGACGCGGUUCCCACCAUCUUCCCGACCUCAGACAGCCCACCGAAGAGGGAGAAUGCUGCCAGGCCUCCCUCGGAAGUGCCAGCCAAGAAGCUGAUCCUUGAGCAUCACGGAGAGAGAAGCAUGCCGGGGUUGUCAGCCGCCAGUCUCCGAGAGCCAGAUGCCCUGGAAACACUUGCCAUCGCCCUAGACCCUGGUGUGGCUGCGGCUCCCAUCUACGUGGAAACACAGUCCUCUGCCUCCAACCUAGACUUCCGUGCCCUCUCGGGCUCCCUUGUUGGUGCUGUAAACCUGGUACCUCUGGUCCAAAUUGUGGAGCCCCUGAAGGCCGUGACGCUGACAGUGGCUUCCCCUGUGGAGGCCGUCCCUGGCCAGCCUUUGCCAGACCCAGUAGAGCAGCAGCUGGUCGACUUUGUGGCCUCGCUGCCCCAGCCAGCCCUGGAAGCCAUGCCGAGCUCUUCUCUGGGGGUCUCUGGGCAACUGUGCGCAGGAGUCGCAGUGCCUUGUGAGGUGGUGACAGCGGCAGAAGAGCAGCCACUGCAGGCCCUGGUGGCAGAGCAGGCUGUGGAGACGGAGCAGGGUGCCCUUGUAAUUGAGAAUGUCUCCAUUGAGCCAUUUCUGGAGGCCGAUCCCUCGGCAGCUGCAGUACUGAGCUCCCUGCAGGUGUCAUCCGCAGAGAUGGUGGCUUACUUUGAGACCAUUCCUACGGCCCCUGCGGCAGCGGCUGCGUCUUCUGGCGUUACUCCUCCCGAGACAGUCCUCUCCUCUGCCUUGAACCUCCCAAUUGUCUCCACUCUCCCCAUCGUCUCCAACCAAGCCUCUCCCGAGGCCUCCCUGGUGGAGGAGCUGAGCUCUGCCGAGUCCUUGGAAGAGCAGCUGGAGGAGCAUCGGUAUCACAAGAGCGAGGUGACGACGGCGGAGCUGGUGGAAGUGGUGAUGGGCCUCCAGAAGAAGGUGAAGGUGCUCCAGCAGCGGCAUCGCCGGCACUGUGCCAAGCUGGAAGCCAUGGAGGGGGUGGUGGAGCAGCUGAGGAAGGAAAACCUGGUGUCGGAGGAGAAACUGAAACUCCUGGAGAUGGCCUGCUUGCAGUCCAGCACUUUAAUGCCAGAGAAUGGUGGUGCGGUAGCCAUUAUCUGCCAGGAGAGUGACCAGGCCUUGGUCUAUGCUGUGCCUCAGCUGCCGGAAGAAGGCAAUGAGACAGUCAUCCACGUGGAAGAGCAGUAACUUUGGAGUGGGGGGUGGAGCCACCCAUUUGAAGCCUGUCUGGUCAAAGGAACGCGCUCGGAAAUCUCUGGAGGCGGCACCCUCCAGCUGCAAGAGCAGCAGCCCUGGUGCCGCCAGGCCUUUUUUGAUUUCAGCUGAGCAUUUGGUGGCCUUAGUGCUCUGGCACCUUAUUUUGUGGGAACAGGAGGAAGGUGUUUUGGGUGACUUGUGUUUUUAUUCUGUCUGAAAUGAUUGUAUAUAAAAUUGUCUUGCUGGGAGAACGAACAAUGGGCUGUUCCCCUUUGCUGUGCCUGAGCCGGGUGGGGGGUGGAGUAAUGCAGUCGGCUGGUUAAUUGGCAUAAUUCCUGUUUGGUUAUGAGCCAAUUGUACAAUAUUUCCUGCUUGCGAGCCAUAGUUGGGGGAAGCCACGAGCCCUGUCUCAGGGCAUCUGUGAUUUUUGCACUUUGCUCUCUUGGCCUCCUUGGUGCUGUUCGUAAAGGAUGGGCCUCGGGUCUUGGGAGAGUUUGUGUGUGUGUGUGUGUGUGUGUGUGCACGCACGUUUGUGUGAUGCUCUCUUUUUCCACUCACCUGCAGUGGUCGGUAGCAGCUCAGUAUCUUCCAUGCACAGUUCGUGGUGGGCCAGAAGCCGCGUUCUCUUCUGCUUCCUCGCAGAUCACGCAUGUCCAAGCAUG